CAAAACGAACCGAAUGAAUGAAUCUCCAUCAUGCAGAGCUGAGAUGAAGAAUAGCAAGCAAGUGAUGGCUCUCAUCAUCUCUCGUCUUUUGAAUUCUUGCUACUGGUCAACUCUUCAUUAUCGACUUCGUUAGUUCGCUAUUAUUAGCUGUGAGAAAGAUAGAAAAGCUGACGGCAGCCAAACUCCUCCCAUUCAAGUAUUUGUUUCUAUUUCUAUUACAAAUAUCACAAUGACGGACGCCAAGAGCAUCAUUCUGGAGUAUGUGUGCCCGUCGCUGGGCACCAUUGUGGGCGUGUACAUGUUCUAUGCUCCCUUUCAAGAUGUCCAAAAAGCUCUCGCAAGAGGAUCACUGGGAGAUUUGAAUCCGCUUCCAUGGGCGUUCACUCUGGGAAACUGCUGUGGUUGGGUCUUUUACUCAAUCCUCAUCAAUAAUCUCUUUGUAUUCUUUCCCAAUAUGAUUGGAUUCUUGUUUGCCGUUUGGUUCAAUCUGGCAGCGACCAAGCUUCUAUAUACGCAACAAUUCACUGCACUGCCACAACAACAGCAUGACAACAACAAACGACAGACAUCACAGCAACAACCACAACAAACACACGCAGCUCCAUCGUAUGAUUACUGCGUCAUGGCAGUGGUGCUGAUUUGGGCCUCCAUCAUUGCGUUGGUGGGAUUUGGUCUCGCAUUGAGUUUGGAAACCAAACAAUGGAUUGUCGGAGGCGCAUCCAACUUGAAUUUGUUGUUCUUUUACGGAGCUCCCCUUUCCACCAUUGCCACAGUCCUUCGCACCCGCAACACGGCCAGCAUUCAUUUCCUCACCAUGGUUACCAAUACGGCCAAUGGAUGUUUCUGGGCUGCCUACGGAUUUGCCAUUAUGGAUUUUCUCAUUUUUGUACCCAAUGGAUUGGGGGCAUUGUUGGGAUUCGUUCAGUUGGCACUGUAUGUCACCUUUCCAAGAGUCAUGUCAACGGAUGAUGAUCAACAGCAAGAAGAAGAAGCAGUAGUAGUGGAUGAGGAGAGCAUUCCAACCGCCAAGGAUCAGGAAGAUGCUCAGGAUGCAUCGGGAUUGACGGCACGGGAAGAUAUCAUGUCACCAGAUCUGAGCGAGGCUACACUGGAAAUGUCACCGCCCCAUAUACCAGCAUCCACAGAAUAAUAUGCUGCAAGAUGAUGCAUACAAAUAGAUGUGGCCACAUACUUCAUGUACAAAGCAAGCGCCGCAGUACGGUAUUGAAAAUUCAUUAAUAGAGCAAAAGGGUUCCAUAGAGAUAGUUUUGAUUAC